CCAAUCAACCGGACUCUCCGCCAACCAUCCGACUCCGCGACCCCCUCGACUCUCAAGCUUUGAGAUUUUCUAUCCACCCCUCCGCAUCCAUGAGCUCAUGACGCUGCGGCAAUGACCCAAGAUGCCCCUUCCGACCUCCGCUACGUGCGGUACGAUAGCGCCCGCGAGAACGAGUACGUCGCCGCCAUGCGCCAGCUGAUCUCCAAGGAUCUAUCCGAACCUUACAGUAUCUACGUAUAUCGGUACUUCCUCUACCAAUGGGGAGACCUCUGUUUUCUGGCCAUGGACGACAAGGGCGAGAUGGUCGGUGUCGUGGUGUCAAAGCUGGAGCCGCAUCGUGGUGGCCCGCUACGAGGGUAUAUCGCCAUGCUGGCCGUGCGCGAGGAAUACCGGGGACGGGGCAUUGCCACUAAACUGGUGCGCAUGGCCAUUGAUGCAAUGAUCGAGAGGAAUGCAGAUGAGAUCGUCCUCGAAACCGAAAUCACCAAUACCGCUGCAAUGAAACUCUACGAGCGACUAGGUUUCUUGCGCAGCAAGAAACUGCACCGAUAUUAUCUGAAUGGCAACUCGGCCUACCGGCUCGUCCUAUAUCUUAGGGAAGGAGUUGGCUCAAUUCGAACAUCGUUUGACCCAUAUGGUCUGCCUCCUGCCCCUCUCCCAACUCUCGACCAGAUCUUUCAUCCACCUGCUAUCGCGCAAGGCAAUGGUAGUUAAUCUGCUUAGCGUUAUUAGCAGAAUACCUGAUUACUUACCCCAUGAAGAAGGAUGGGCAUGAUCAUGAUAACCUUAUGAAAAAAAUGACACGAAUGAAUAGACUUGCACUUGCACCUGGAAUCGGCGUCUGGAUUUGACAACAUAUAGUUAGUCCUUGGGAGGGUAGACUUUCACUAUCGGCCUUGUACUGGGUUAGCUUUUGCUUGUAUCUCUUCAUGUUCCGUGGAGUCCCUCUCACAUCAUCAUUUUUAUUUGUUGUCCUGUGAUAAAUAGCGUUCGUCUGUUUGCCUUCUAUCUAGGUUAUCUUCUAUCCUGGGUGAGAGGUACCAGUACCCAGAUAUUCCAGCAAAGGCUCUAGGUUAUCUUUUCUAGGUUGUAGCAAAUAAAGC